AUGGGAGAAAUGCCGCCAUUACGAAGAACCGUGCGUAUUGGGGUUGAUGUUGGAGUCGCUAUCGACUUGAGCCUUCAACAUACCGCCAACCGCGGAGUUUUGGCGCACUUCAAGACCCCAACCACUCCAGACGCAAGCGCCGGCAUCGAGACCGCCGUCAGCACCGUCCUUGCCGCAGCUGGGUUGACCCAAUCUCCGGAACGCAUCGCCAGCGUCACCAUCGGCACGACGCAUUUCAUCAACGCCGUCAUUGAGCGUGACGUGCGUCGGUUGCAGCGCGUGGGCGUCCUUAGACUGAGCAAGUCAUUCCUCCGAGAGGUCCCCGCAUUCGCCGAGUUCCCCCCCGACUUGGCAGCCGUGAUUCAGUCUUAUAUCGGCAUUGUCGACGGCGGUCUGCAUAUUGACGGCUCGCAGGAGGCGCCAGUCGUCGAAGCCCAGGUCGUCGCCGAAUGUUCCAAGAUCCGGGAAAGUGGCGUCGGUGCCGUCGUAGUGUCCGGCGUGUACUCGCCCAUCGAUGAGGUUUUUGGGCAGGAGGAGAAAGUCCGCGACAUUAUCCUUCGCGAAGUGCCUGGUGUGGAUGUUGUCUGCAGCAAAGAAGCCAGCGCAAGCAUUGGGUUCAUCGAGCGAGAAAAUGCAGCUAUCUUGAACGGUGCCAUUCUGCGCUAUGCGCGGAAGACUGUUAGCAGGUUUAGGCUUGCCAUGAAAAGGCUCAAUCUCGCCUGCCCCCUGUUUCUGACGCAAAAUGAUGGCACUAUCCUUGACGCUGCCUCGGCAGCCAAGAUUCCAAUCCGAACAUUCUCGAGCGGGCCAACAAACUCGAUGAGAGGUGCUGCAUAUCUCGCUGGCCUGGACUCUGGUGCCGAUAGCUCUGCAAUCGUAGUUGAUAUCGGCGGCACAACGUCUGAUGUCGGCGUUUUGCUUCCCUCGGGCAUGCCACGUCAAGCAUCGGCAUAUGUCACCGUUGCCGGAGUCCGGGUCAACUACUCUAUGCCGCAUCUUCAUUCCAUUGGACUUGGCGGAGGUUCCAUUGUGAGAACUGUAGACGGCAAAGUCAAAGUUGGACCCGAGUCUGUCGGCCUUGAGCUGGUUACGCGUGGUCUCGUUUUUGGUGGUGAUGUUUGUACAACAACGGACAUUGCGGUCGCAGCUGGCAUGGCAAUUGUCGGUGCUACGGAGAAGGCUAAGAGUUUAGACCCGCGCUUCGUCGAGGAGGCAGUGAUGCGGAUACAGGUGCUGUUGGAGGGCGCCGUUGAUGUGAUCAAGACUUCACCUGAUCCUGUUCCUGUCUUACUCGUCGGAGGAGGUGCCAUUCUUUCUCCCGAAAGCUUGAAGGGAGCUUCCAAGCUCAUUCGACCACCCUUCCACGACGUUGCGAACGCAGUCGGUGCAGCCAUUGCUCGCGUGUGCGGUGCUGUGGACAUCGUACAAGGCACCACUCAUCAGACCGAAAGUCAGGCUAUUGAAAACGCCAAAAAGAUGGCCAUCGAGCGUGCUGUUGCCGCUGGCGCCAUUCCAGGAAGCAUCAAGAUCGCCGAGAUCGAGACCAUGCCUCUACAGUACGUCGCUAAUCAAAUCAGGACUCUCGUCAAGGCAGUUGGCGACAUUGAUCUCCAUGCGAAGCUUAACGAUGUGGUUGAAGAAGACAAAGAGAAGGAAGAUGAGGACCAGGUCGAGGCGACCAAAGACUUAACCCGGGCAACCCAAGAAGAGGAGAAGGUCGAUCCAGUGUCGUACAAACCCACAGUCAUUCGAAAUGCUGGUGGUGUUGCAGAAUGGCAUAUAACCGAAACAGACUUGGAAUAUCUAGCCGACGGCUGCUAUGUCCUCGGUUGCGCCGGAGGCGGAAGCCCUGCUGCCUCCAAGAUCCAACUGCGAAAUAUGCUUCGAGCAGGACACAAGAUGCGCGUCAUUGACGCAUCCUCACUCAAGGAAACGGAUGUGAUAUACUGGGGUGGUCACAUGGGUUCUCCCGCUGUGUCUAUCGAGCGUUUGCAGUCCAUCGAGACGGUGGAUGCUUUCAAGGCUUUAAUGGAGUACCUCCGCCAUGACACUUUUGAUGCAGUGAUGGGUCUUGAAAUCGGCGGUGCCAACGGCCUUGAGCCUUUUCUCGUCGGGUCAUCCCGUUUCUUUGAUAGUCCAAUCAUCGACGGCGACUGGAUGGGAAGGGCCUACCCGACAUACUGGCAGACCACACUUGCAGUGCAUGCUCCGUUGGAGUUGGUUCCCUGCGCAAUUGAUUCUGGAGAUGGCAAGACUAUCGUCAUGACGAGAGCUCCCAACGACGAGAUCGUUGACCGUGCCCUUCGUGCUUCGUGCUCCGAAAUGGGGUCGCGGGUGGGUAUGGCGGCUAAGCCGACGACCAGCGACAAAGUCAAAAAGUUUGGCGUCCUCAAUACAGUUUCGCUUGCGUGGCGUAUCGGGCGAUGCAUCGCAAUUUGCCAGGCAACCAAUACCAUGAGCACCGUAGCCGAGUCCAUCAUCAAUGAGGCAGGCGGUCCCGAGGCAGCCAAGGUGCUGUUCAGGGGCAAGAUUAUGAAGGUGGAGAGGCGUCUGUUCAAGGGUCACUCUUACGGCGAAGUGCACAUCGCCGCUUUCGAAAGUGGUGACGAAGAUGAGGCUGCCAACAAUAGUAACAGAGCAGCCGCGGUGGCGCUUGGGGGGACGUUGAAGAUCCCAUUCAAGAACGAGAAUAUCCUUGCUGAGCACACUGAUGAGAGUGGCAAGACGAAGAUCCUAACUGCCGUGCCUGAUUUGAUUUCGAUCUUAGACAACGAGUCUGGCAGAGCUCUCGGCGUGCCCGAGUUCAAGUACGGAUAUCGGGUUACAGUGAUCGGCAUUACUUGCUCGCCACGAUGGACAGAGACGCAAGCCGGUAUAGACAUUGGCGGACCGAGAGCAUUUGGAUAUGAUCUUGAGUAUGAGCCUUUGGGCAAGUACGUGGAGCCACGCAGUGUUUUAGAUGAGUAUUUGCAAUAG